AUGGCGUACGGCAAUGCAGAAACACAUUCGCAUCGACCAAUCCCGUCUGCGUCCAAGAACAGCUCGAUGGGUCAUGAAGAGAGGUCCUCUGGCGACAAUCCCUCGUUUUGCAGACUGCUCCAAAAGAAUCCUAUCCUCCUGUACACCAUGGUCUUGAACCCGGUGCUAGUCCUUCAUUCCAUCAAUGGAUUCCUCAGCCUGCUGUGGCCAGACGUCAACUCAUAUUCGAUUUUCGACACCUCCGUUCAACCUCAUUUUGACGUCCAUGCUCAGGAUGGGUUUUGCAGGCUUUUCACUGUGGUCUUGGUCGCAUUGCAAUCGGUCUUGUAUUCUUCGCAUGCGGGAUAUGGAAUAUCUCCAGACUCGAAGCCCGAAGAGCGUCAUGAUGGGAACUUCGAUACAUAG